AUGUCGAAUUUAUCAAAGCUUGAGUUCGUGGCACUAGACAUUUCUGAAAAUAAUUACUUGUCAUGGGUACUCGAUGCUGAAAUUCACCUUGACGCUAAAGGUCUUGGUGCCACUAUUACCAAUGGUAAUACAACGUCGAGUCAGGACAAAGCAAAGGCAAUGAUUUUCCUUCGUCAUCAUCUGGAUGAAGGAUUGAAGGUUGAAUACCUUACGGUGAAAGAUCCACUUGAAUUGUGGAUUGGUUUGAAGGAAAUGUAUGACCACCUUAAGGCAACGCAGCAAUACCGUGAAAGGGGAUUCAAAAAGUAUUCUGAGUUGAUCUCAUGCCUUCUUGUGGCUGAGCAACAUAAUACUCUUUUAUUGAAAAAUCAUGAGGCCCGUCCCACGGGAACUGCUCCGUUACCGGAAGCAAAUGAGGUUGAAGCACAUGGCCAGUCUAAAAGAAGACAAAAUAAUGUGCGUGGAUGUGGAAAUGGCAGAGGAUGA